CAUCCAACAAUCCUUUCCUCUCUCCAGUCAAACAAAACAUUCGAAAAUGAGCGGACAACCUUCUUUCGAUAAGGAGACAAUCAUUGUCGUCCUUGGUGCUUCCGGUGAUUUGGCAAAGAAAAAGACAUAUCCUGCCUUAUUCAACCUCUACAGAUUGAACUUGCUGCCAAAGGCACUAGCAAUCAUUGGAUAUGCCCGAACAAAGAUGGACAAAGACACCUUCCACGGAAAGAUUGGCGAAUUCCUAAAAGGUGUAGAUUCAGACGAAGACAAAAAGAAGAAGGGGGACUUCUUGAACAUUUGCACUUACACAGCCGGUGCAUAUGACAAAGAUGAAGCUUUCCAACAAUUGAACAAAGAUAUGGAAGAGCGUGAGUCCAAAUUCGAGAACGGCGCAAGUCGUUUGUUCUACAUGGCUUUGCCUCCAAACGUCUUCACCGUCGUUGCAGAGGGUUUGAAGAAGAACUGUUAUUCAAAGAACGGUCACAACCGUAUCAUUAUCGAAAAACCAUUCGGAAAAGAUUUGGAAAGUUCGAGAGAGAUGAUGGGUAAAUUGAAGGAAUUGUGGAAGGAAGAAGAAACAUUCAGAAUCGAUCAUUAUCUAGGAAAAGAGAUGGUGAAGAACUUGUUGGUGACCCGCUUUGCAAACCCUAUCAUCGAUGCUGUACUCAACAAGGAUUUGGUCAGCAACGUUCAAAUCACAUUCAAAGAGCCUUUCGGUACCGAAGGACGGGGUGGAUACUUUGACGAAUUCGGAAUCGUCCGUGAUAUUCAACAAAAUCACUUGUCUCAAGUUUUGUCAUUGGUUGCCAUGGAGAAGCCAAAAUCAUUCUCUGCAGAACACAUUCGUGAUGCCAAGGUGGAAGUGUUGAAGAGCGUUCCUCCAAUCAAAGACGCUGACGUACUCUUGGGUCAAUAUACAGCCGCAAAGGGCAAGCCAGGCUACAAGGAUGACGACACCGUUCCAAAGGACAGUAAUUGCCCCACUUUUGCCGCUUUGACAUUGUGGGUAAACAACAAACGUUGGGAAGGAGUUCCAUUCAUCAUGAAAGCCGGUAAGGCAUUGAACGAGGGAAAGGUGGAGAUCCGUGUUCAGUUCAAGGAUGAGAAGAACAAGCUUUUUGAAAAUGCACAGAGAAACGAAUUGGUCUGGCGUGUUCAACCACAAGAAGCGAUUUAUGAGAAGAUCUGUACAAAGGUUCCCGGAUUGCAAAUGGGAACAAUACCUACCGAUUUGGAUUUGACAUACAAAGACCGAUUCAGCGAUUUCAGAUUACCCGAAGCAUACGAAGCAUUGAUUUUGGACGCACUCAAUGGUGAUCACAGUAACUUUGUUCGUGAUGACGAAUUGGACGUCAGCUGGAAGAUUUUCACACCAAUCUUGCAUGCUAUCGAUGAAGGAAAACUCAAGCCUGAAUCUUAUGAGUAUGGUAGCCGGGGACCUUCCGGUUUAGAUGCAUUUAUCGAAAAGUAUGGAUUCAAACGUGCCGAUGACGGAUACGAUUGGCCAAAGACAAACGUUGCCAAAGUGGCAGGAAAAAUGUAGAUAGAAGGAUAGAAAAUUGUUGUAUUGUGCACUUUUUAUAUCGUCUUUUUCGAUGAAUUAAAUAUUAAUGAUAUCUUAUCAGCUUCCC